AAUACCCUCCCUAUAUAUAGUCGCAUUAGCAUUCCAUGGUGUGUCAGAAAACGAAAACCCAUCUUGAGAAAACCCUAGCUCUCUCUGCCAGACGUAGUUCCUUACUCAUCCCUCUCGUAAGCCCCAAGCCAAGAUUUCAGUCAUGGCUAUCCUCUCUGAUUACCAAGAAAAACAACAGACUCAAAAUUCUUCUUCUCCAUUGUCUUUCAAUGCCGCUCUUGAUCCUUCAAACCCUCUAGGGUUUCUGCAGUCUGCCUUCAAUUUUGUGUCACAAAACUCCAAUAUGUUCAAAAGCAGCAAAGCCGAGAAGGAUAUAAUGGCACUGGUUCAUGACAUCAAGCAACGAAUCAAAGAAGAAGAGGCAGCCGCAAAGAAGGAAAAAGAAGAGGCAUCGAAGAAGGAAAAAGAAGAAGCGGAGAAGGAGAGGAAGAAGAACUUGCUUGUGCCUAAUCAAGACAAUGGUCUUGACAUGGACAACCAUUCAUGGACACAAUCCCUCCAAGAGGUUACAGUCAAUGUUCCAGUCCCUGAAGGGACAAAAUCCAGGGAAAUCUGUUGCUUGAUCACAAAGAACUCCUUGAAAAUUGGAUUGAAGGGUCAGGCCCCAAUAAUUGAAGGAGAUUUAUUCGAGACUGUGAAACCUGAUGAUUGUUUCUGGCACCUGGAGGAUCAGAAGGUGGUGUCUGUGCUGAUGACCAAGUUUGACCAAACCAAUUGGUGGAAAUCUCUGUUCAAAGGUGGUCCGCAGAUUGAUACCCAGAAGGUGGAGCCUUCGCCAAGCAAGUUAUCAGAUUUGGAUCCAGAAUCUCGCUCAGCUGUUGAGAAGAUGAUGUUUGAUCAGAGACAAAAGCAAUUGGGACUUCCGAGUAGUGAAGAGAUCAAGAAUCAGGAGAUGCUUAAGCAAUUCAUGGCACAAAAUCCAAAUAUGAAUUUCUCCGGGGCUUAGAUGAUUUAGUUCGAUCAGUUUGGAUUCUAGUCAGUUAUAACUUUAGUUCUGAAGUUUACUUGUUUAGUAUAUGAGUUUGGUUUAAUUUUCUGAUCUUUAACAAUGGCAAUAAUUUUUUGUUAUUCUGAUUUCAAAUUUAGGGU